AUCGAUGUCAACCCAGCUUGGAAGCGAUGCGAAACGUGUGCAGCAUCGAUUUGCUCCUUACAUUGGUUGCUUGGUUGCUUGGUCAUUCUUUUCGAAGAUUUAGGAUAUGCUUCCAUAGCUAGGAUUCACUGCAGUAUUGAUGUAGUCACUGCAUUACAGGAACAUCAUGUUAAGAAGCUUUCGAAUUUGGGUGGUGCCAAGAAUAUAAAGCUCCAAAAGUUCGAGGCAGCUGCAAAGCAUGGCGGACGGAACACCAGUUGGCGAGGCGAUUCAAUUGUUUUGUGCCUAUUCCACUGCUGUCCAGCUUGUGGAUUACGGAUGGACAGGUUUCAACAUGUCGUUGUUGCCCCAAUUUUGGAAUGUUGGAGAGAUAAAUUAUGGAACCUGAGGCAUAACUAUGAAGGAUUAUUGCCUGAGGCAGCGACACGUGCCAUCAACCUUUGGCGCUUCUUCAAGUCACGCUAUGUCAACACGAACCGCCGAUAUCUCCUUGCACGUCAAACGCUUGAUUUUCCAAGAGUGGCCGACUGUCUCGGGAAUUUUGUGGAUACGCCGUUUCCCGGAUCAUGA